UAAGAUCUUUGGGUCUGGGUUUGUGGAGCACAGCAGUCAUGGCUAGCCACGUCGUGCUCUCCAACGGCGCUAAGAUGCCCCUCCUGGGCCUGGGCACCUGAAAGACCCCUCCAGGCAAAGUGAUGGAGGCUGUGAAGUUGGCGAUCGACCUCGGGUACCGCCACAUUGACUGUGCCCACAUGUACCAGAACGAGAACGAGGUGGGCAUGGCCAUCCAGGAGAAGAUCAAGGAGCAGGUGGUGAAGCGUGAGGACCUCUUCAUCAUCAGCAAGCUGUGGUUCACGUACCACGAGAAAAACCUGGUGAAAGGAGCCUGCCAGAGGACGCUCAGCGACCUGAAGCUGGACUAUCUGGACCUCUACCUUAUUCAUUGGCCCAUCAGUUUCAAGUCUGGGGACCAUUUUUUCCCGUUGGAUGCGAAAGGCAACGUGAUUUCCUCUGACACUGACUUUCUGGACACGUGGGAGGUCAUGGAAGAGCUGGUGGAUGAAGGGCUGGUGAAAAAUAUCGGAAUUUCCAACUUCAACCACCUCCAAAUUGAGAGGCUCUUAAACAAACCUGGCUUAAAAUAUAAGCCGGCGGUUAACCAGAUUGAGUGCCACCCGUACCUCACUCAGGAGAAGUUAAUCCAGUAUUGCCAGUCCAAAGGCAUUGCGGUGACCGCCUACAGUCCCCUCGGCUCUCCUGACAGGCCCUGGGCCAAGCCUGAGGACCCUUCCCUACUGGAGGAUCCCAGGAUCAAAGCCAUAGCUGAUAAGUACAAUAAAACCACAGCCCAGGUUCUGAUCCGGUUCCCCAUGCAGAGGAAUUUGGUCGUGAUCCCCAAGUCUGUGACUCCGGAACGCAUCGCCGAGAACUUCCAGGUCUUCGACUUUGAACUGAGCACUGAGGAUAUGACCACGUUACUCGGCUACAACAGGAACUGGAGGGUCUGUUCCUUGGUGAGCUGUGUCUACCACAAGAAUUAUCCCUUCCAUGAAGAGUUUUGAAGCUGUGGGUGCCUGCCCUUCCCCAACG